AUGUCUUUCAAUUCGCAGAGUUCACAAGAUUACAAUCACAGCGGCAGUGGACAGUACGUUCAGCAGCAACAGCUGCAUCGAAAGCCGUCAGCAUCAUCCGCUGGUUCAGGCGUGUCAGCUGCGCCUGAAACAAGUUCUGCCCAAUUGUAUAUGGGAGAUCUUGACCCCAAUUGGACAGAGAAUGAUAUCAAACAAAUAUGGGCUGCUUUUGGAGAACCAAAUAUACAUAUUAAGCUAAUUAAAAAUAAUGGAUCUAUGACCAAUUCAGGCUACUGUUUUGUUGAGUUCCCAUCUAACCUGGCCGCUACGAAUGCUCUGUUGAAAACAGGACUUUCUAUACCGUUGGAUCCUUCGCGUACAUUAAAGUUAAAUUGGGCAUCGUUUGCCACAAUGGCUGGUACUGAGUUUGCUAUAUUUGUUGGUGACUUAGCACCUAAUGUAACUGAAUCGCAGUUAUUUGGUCUUUUUAUUUCAAGAUACACAUCGACAGUUAAUGCUAAGAUUGUAUUCGAUCAAACAACCGGAGUUUCAAAAGGUUACGGUUUUGUGAAAUUUGGAAAUGAGGCGGAACAGCAACGCUCCCUAUUGGAGAUGCAGGGUGUUUUCCUGAAUGGACGUGCCAUACGUGUGUCAACUACAUCGAAAAAUAAGCCUAAAUUUCAGUCAAUGGGGUCAGGUACUAUAGGCGCAUCCUCUGGAGCCCCUACCGGAGCGCCAACUGGGCAUGCACAAUGCAAUAAUCAAGCACUUUUACAGCAGUCGCAAUUCAUCUAUCCUGUUCAGCAGCAGCCCGCAUUAUCACAGUUCACAGAUCCGAAUAAUACAACGGUCUUUAUCGGAGGGUUAUCCUCCCUUGUGACAGAGGAAGAACUACGUACUUACUUUCAACCUUUUGGUCAGAUAGUCUAUGUCAAGAUCCCAGUGGGAAAGGGCUGCGGCUUUGUGCAGUAUGUAGAUAGAGGCUCUGCGGAGAAUGCCAUUGCUAAAAUGCAAGGCUUUCCAAUUGGUAACUCAAGAAUUCGUCUUUCCUGGGGAAGGAGUGCAAAACAAGUAGCGGCAAUGCAGCAGGCUUUCGCUAUCGCUUUAGAGCAGCAAAGAACGCAGCAGCAUCACCCUCGUGUGCAACUUCAGCAGCACACCCAGCAACAGGGUCAUCAACAUGGUCAGCAACAUAGUCAACAACACGGUCAACAGAGUCAACAAGCUCAACAAGGAGAGCAGUCUUUGCAUGUACAUCCACAAUCUCACCAAGGACAACAGCAGACGGUCAACAGUAUGCCGCCAUUGUUGCAGCAGCAAUUGCAUCAGCAAUUCCCCUAUCAACCACAGCCAGGUAUGCCUAAAAUCUAUAAUUAUGCAUUGGAUUCUUUGACAAGUACCGGCUCAAAUUAUGUUCCAAUGUGUCACACCAAUAAUCAAUUGCCUUAUCAGUCACCUGCUAUCCCUGAUGCAUCGUCGGCGGUAUUAUACCCCAAUCGAUCUUCUUUAGAUUAUUCCGGCUUCUCUACGACAACUUCCAACAAAUCAAGUUUCUCCUUUUCUCCGCCAGCUUCGUUGGGUGCUACAUAUCAAGGUUCCGACUAUUAUAAUGUUGUAGGUACGCCUAUGGUACAAACUCCAAAUACCGCUGCUAGUGGGCAAUCAAAUAUUCACCCCCAAGUCAUAGUACAAGGCAGCGAAACCUACGAAAAGGGUAGGAAUUCAUCAAUAGACAGACUAGAACAAGGUAGCAACGGUUACAUUUUUGUUUAA